AUGCUGUGUGGUGGAGACCGUGAGAAGGGGGAUGUCGCGAUGGAAGAGAAAUGGGACUAUGUGAACUUGGAUGACUUUAAAUCCGAGUCUUGCUGGACGCCCUUCUCAUAUUUCUUCAUAUGGGUGUUCCUAUUUAUCUCGAUUGCAGUAUACGGUGUCGAUACAUUUACUGCAGUCAACUUGCUGGCUUUCUCUCGAUGGUCCGGCAGAGUUGAACCCGCCAUUCCCUUCAAUAUUUCCCGCUGGAUCUUCGCGGCCUGCAUUAUUGCUUCAUUCAUUCUUUUGGCCUACCGAUGGAUACACGCCAUUCGCGCCAUCCGCUCGGGUAGUAUUACUCGCAGCUUCCUGGACCCACUGGCCGUGCGUAUUCAGAGUAUUCGAUUCGGCAGGCGGGGUCGUGGAUACAGGAGAUUCCUUGUCUUCGCUGAAUUAACCAAAGACAGGAAAGCAGCAGAAUACGUGGCUCUUUAUGCAUACUUCUCUUUCCAGUUCUGGAUGAACACGGUAUUCGCAGAUGGCCCGCGUCAAGUUCUCAAUGCCAUCACUCUCUAUUCGGUCAUGCAAAUGGAUCUCAUUCCUGGGGGAAAGAAUGCAGCCCACGAUGAUGGAAGUUCCUCAGCUGCUCAAUUUUUCAAGAACGUUAAGAUUUUGGCCGAAGACAACACCCUUCAAGCUGUGGUCUUGUUUGGUAUGCUUUUCACCCUGGUCAUUUGGGUUCUAUCGGUUCUCAAGUUGAUCUCGGCCAUCGUACUCUACUUGAUCUUCCUAUUCCACCACAUUCCAGCGGAAGACGGUACUCUUUCGAGAUACUGUCGUCGGAAAGUCGGUCAACGUCUAAAGCGCAUCACGCACCGCAAGAACAACAAGGCCCUGGCAAAGGGACUAAAAUUACAGAACCGAGCACCCACUCAGCCAUCGCUGGCCACCGAUUCGAACCCAACUCUGCCGUCUUUCGCCGAAGACAAGGUCCCCACAGUACCUUCUUUAUCGCGAAGUACCACCCAGACUACUUUGCCGCCUUACUCGCGAUCGACUUCGACAGCGCCGACACACAACCCGACACUUCCGAACUUAGACUUCGAUGCCAAACCAACACUGGCCCGAACUGGAACUUCAUCGUCAGCCAUGUCCGAGUCCGCCUCACUGACCGGCAAUGCCGCCGGAAUGGGAUACACUCCUCUUGAUGGGCAGAAGCCGACGCUUCCGACUCUUCCCCCGGUCCCUCCUCUACCGGCUAACGUACCAUCACGGAAGGCCACUCCUCACUCUCAAGCGACUCCUGCACCAUAUAGCAAUGAUGGUCGUAACAACCCAGGUCCUGGAUAUCGCAAUCUGACUGAUAGCUCUGAUUCUCGUCCAUAUCAGAAUCACAUCCCAGCGCCCCAUUAUUCUUCAGCUGAGAUGGACCCAUCCGAUGAUCGCGAUUAUCACAACCGUAACAUGGACGCAUCCAAUGAUCACGAUUAUUACAACCGUAACGUGGACUCAUUAGAUGAUCACGAUUAUUACAACCGUAACAUGGAUUCAUCUGAUGGUUACGAUCAUUACAACCGUGGCAAUGCGCCAGCUCACUACGACCCGUACGGUCCUCCGAGGGGUACGUACGACGGAGAGGACGAAUACGGAGCAAGAUACGGGCCCCCCGGUGGCCAGAGAGGCCCGGCUCGCACACAGCAAGAUUAUUAUCCACAGGACCCAUAUGCUACACGGUCCUACACGCCGGCCGGCACUGGUGCGACGCCUGCUCCUUACCGAACAAAGACACCAGCAAGCACCGGUAGCACUCCUGCUCCCUACCGGGUGAACACCCCGGCUAGCACCGGUGGCACUCCUGCUCCCUAUCGGACCAACACCCCUGCAAGCUACCAACCCACACCUCCCCCACAAGCAGCCGGAUACGGACAGCCACCACAACGGACGUACACUCCAAUGAGUUCAGCAACCCCCGCUCCUCAAAACGGUGGCUAUACAGCUUUCAACCCAUCAAUGGCUCAUCAUACACCCCAGCCUCCCCCCAGGGGCCUCCUGCUCCGUCUAGCUAUACUCGGGCAAAUACCGCUUCGCCCUCGGCCAUGCAUCGCGCUCCACCAGGGCACACAUUCAAUCGUGCAAAUACGCACCAAUAUUGAUAAGGCUCACCCUCAUAGCGUUCAUUUGAAGGCUAUGACACCUUAUUAUGAUGAAAACCAGGAGCUGGCUCUCCUGUGGUUGAUGACCGGUCCACUCUCUCAUACUGAUCACGACCAGCCAGCCUCUCGAGGUCUUGUAAAUACCCUUAUUCACCUUACUUUGAUAUCCUUCCUUAAAUUCUUAUUCCCGAUGACAUGA